AUGUCCAGAAUUCAUAUCGAGCAGCGACAUAUCAACGGCUUAGCAGAUGGCAUCCAUAUUGGCGAUAAGAAUUUCAACUAUAUCUAUUUGAACGGUGCCGGUUCCCAGUUGACCUUGAAGCAAUUUUCUAAGCAAACUCAUGAAAAGGUGACGACAGAUUGGAAGAAUACUGGGACAUGCGAGUGGCUGCGGAGAAAGCCCGAAUUCCAAAAAUGGGCUCAAUUGGAUAACUCGAAUUCAUUUCUAUGGAUGCAUGGUUUCCAGGGAUGUGGAAAAACUACGCUGAUGUCUCGUGCAAUCGAGGGAAUCCGUGAAGAAUGGCUUACUGGGGCAAACCCCGAGGCAAUCCAUCUUCUGUAUUUCUACAUUGGUUACGGCGACGAUGAGCAGAACCAGCAGCUUUACAAGACCAUGCUGAUGACAUUUUGCGAGCAAGUUCUUGACGGAGACGAUGCACGAUCAUCCGAUGUGUACGGCACCCGCCCCUGCGAUGAGAUUCAACAUAAGCUCAACCGCCUCCUUGCUACAGCUCAACGUGAUGUGUUUAUCGUUAUUGAUGCCCUAGAUCAACUCCCCCAAGAAGACCGACGAAAGCUGCUGAGAGGACUAAAUGAUCUCGUCCAAGAACGCAAGAAAGAGAAAAAUGAAUUUCGACUUGCUGUAAUCAUCAGCUCGCGGGAUUGCACUGGCUUCGACAAGUUACGUGAACAUCACAUACUACAGAUUCAGAUUAAGCCUAGCGACAACGCUGACGACAUUCAAAAGUACUUAAAGAUGAAACUUGACUCGGAUCUUUUUGAGGAUCGGCCUGACCUCCGCGAGAGAGCCCUUUAUGAGUUAGUCGACAAGGCGGAUGGAAUGUUCCUAUGGGCCAAGCUACAAGCAGAGAAUAUCUGCAGAAUAAAUUACGAGCAAGAUGUCCUAUAUGUCCUAGAAACCCUCAUUCUACCUGGGGAUAUGCCUAAGAUGUACGAAAGGUACGCCACGGGAUUCGAGGCCUUAAAGUUUCAACCCAUCGAGAAGCAGAUCGCUGUAAGAACCAUAGCGCUGUUGGCACAAACGACUGGAUCAAUCCAAAAGGAGAUCCUAUUCGUGGCUCUCGCUCUCGAUACCGACAGCGGAAAACCGGAUUUAGAUCUGUACAGACUUUUACGCGACGAGCCGGCUAGGAUUGUUCGCGAUUGCAAACACUUGGUCGAUAUUAACGAGCACCUCGGAGUCUUUCGGUUCUGCCAUAUGUCUAUCUUCGAGUUCUUUAGAGCCUACAAGCCAGCCGUUAACCAUCGUCGAGUUGUGCAGCUCUGCUUAGCCCAUCUAUGUCUGUCGGACUUCUCAAAGGGGUCUUAUGAUGAUGCGGAAUGGUUUAAUUACGGCAGUCUUCGUCCUGUCCUCCAGAGACACCCAUUCCUGGAGUUCGCUUCCUGUAACUGGGCUGCCAGUAUGAGGAAGAGCAUAGAAAUAAAUGCAGGCACGAAUAUUCAGGAGAGUCAUAGAGAAAUCUUGCGGCUUCUAGAGAGGCUUUUUGCAGAGUCUUCCACUGUGGAAACAUGGGGUAAUUUGCGGUUGUCCUUUCAAAUAUUCUCACUGAACCAUGGGAGGUCAAUAACAUCUGGAAUCUUUCCUGAGCACAUAGUUAGCUACUUUGCGCUCCACGAAUUUUUCGAUACUUUCAGGGAGAAGGGUUGGCUUAACCCAACAAAAUGCGACCAUGAAGGUUUAACAGCCAUGCAUUGGGCUAUUCGAAACGAAGCUAAACAGGACGAGAGGAAGAAGGACACUGCCCUUGUUGUCCAGAAGCUUAUUGAGCUAGGGGGUGACAUGAAUGCACGCGAUAACGAGGGCCGUACACCGCUCUAUUAUGCCUCACAUUAUGGAAAUGUCCACGUGGUAACGAUACUUCUCGAAAGAGGUGCCGAAUUGAAUACUCAAAGUAACAGCAACGAAACGCCCUUAAUUGCUGCUUGCAGGAAGCAUCACGAGGAAGUUAUUUCGAAACUCCUGUCCGCAGGUGCUGACGUCAAAAUCCAGUGUCCUGAUGGCACUGCUUUACAAGCCAUUGCCUUAAUUGGUUGUGAUUCCUGUGCCGAAUUAAUUAUUGAUCGAUAUGGAGAAGAACCCAUCGUCGAAGGAAAAGGCCCUUUCAGUACGUCUCUUCACGCUGCAGCAUUUCACGGUCAUGCCAGGAUUGUGCAACUUCUCUGCGUAAAGGGGUUAGAUAUUCAUGCCACGGACGAGACAUACGGGAGUGUCCUCACAGCAGCGGCGUCUGGGUGCAACCCGAUCAUGGAUCCAAAGCCUUUCUACGACAUAAUCAAUAGGAUGAUCAAUCGUGGUGCGGAUAUCAACGAUCCCCAUGGAAUGUGGGGGCCAGCUCUCCGCCCAGCAGCUUUCUUCGGACACGUAGAACUUGUUCGGUUACUCUUGGAGAAAGGAGCUGAGGUCCGUCUCGCUAACGGUCCAAUGGGUACUGCAUAUGAAGCCGCAGAUGAAAGAGGCCAUCAGGAGAUCAAAGACCUUCUAUUGGAAUACGACCCAAACGCUGCAACUUAUGGCGGUCAGGGCCUUACCCAGGUCUCACUUCCAACUCUUGGUCGCCUUCUCUGGGAGGUAUUUAGCAUGGCUUUAAAAGCUGGGAAUAUGACACUUAUCAACCGAUUAGUUGGACAAUACGAGAUGUUUGUUGGCGAGGAGAUUGAAAAGGGCCGAACGACUCACCUUGAAGGGAUGAUUAUCCUUGCUAAGUACGUUUUUAUCGACGUGAUAAAAAUGAUUACAUUGACAAAUACCGAGGCAGAAGUACGAUCCAAAAGAUGGUUAUCAAAGGUACAAGAAAAGGGCGAAAAUAAAGCAAAGAUAGAAAAAAGAGAGAAGAAAUUACUACAUAGAGUUAAGACGCUACUUCAGCGUCUUUUUUCUUGCCCUUGCUGCUGUGGUCUGCUAGGAAAGCCAAAACCUACAUCCGAACAAAUCCCCCCUGAAACUGGGAAGAAUCAAUCCCUACCGAAAACAAUUUCUGGGCGACUUCAGUCAACAACUUCCAUUCCUACCUCUAUGAAGCAGAGGCAAUCUCCGCACAUAGGGGUCCUAGGCGGACGACUAUCUUCGCUCUCAGAGAGUUUUCCUACUUCAGGAUCUCCUUUCUCGCGACGACAACCGCUCCUAUCCGCAGAAGAUACUUUGGAAGGAUAUUUUCCCGAUGUAGUGGACAGAUUCACACAGACGGGAGUGAAUGUAUUGGAACAAGCUAUUUUGAUCGGAAAUGUCCAAGUGAUAAAGCUAAUCGCCGAUACGUGGGUUGAUGUACUAAACCACCUACUCUCACACGCCGGGUUUGGGGAACCUUUACUCGAAAAAGUACUGCAGAACCGAACCAUCGAGUUAAAAAGACACCUUAUCAAUCCUGAGUUGGAGUUAACGGAAAGAUUCAAGAGAGCUGAGGGACUCGCCCGUGUCGACCUUGGAGAACAAGGGCAGACGCCCGUGAGAGAGAUAAUCAGAAUCUUUUCAACGAGGUUCUCAGCUGCUGUCCGAUCAAGGGAUAGGAUUAACGCUGAGAUAUGCGGCCAAGCUGGUCUAGAGUUCGUGAUAGCGGCGGCCUUAAGUCCGAAGAGGAGUUUGAUGGAUAAGCUUAACGAGGAGUGGGCGAGACAAUGGAACAUAGCAGUUGAAGCUGAGAUGGACGACCUAGUUAACGAAAUACUCAACCAAAGAUGGGAGGAAUAUCAGAAAUAUAUCACGGCCAAGAGGCGAGAUAAACCUCUCGGACUAGCGAUUGCGGCCAUGGGGACUCUAGGGGCAGCUAUUCAGAAGGGAUUCAUCGUAGUGACGCAAGCGCUUCUGGACAUCAUCAAUUUAGGCUUUCGCUGGACUACCUCGCUCGAGUCAUUGGAAGAGCAGGGAAGGCAGUCGUCACACGUCUUUAACGGUUCCCAACAGAGCGAUCUAAACGACUUUGACGUCGGAAGAGUUUUUGACGCUGCUAUCAACUUGUUUGCAACAGCCGAGGGAACUAAUCCCAACCGCUUGCACACUUUCGCUCUAACGAUUCUAAACGCUAUAGAAUCUGCUUCUAAUGAAUUUCAAGAGGCUCUAAAAGAAUUGGUUCUUCAACGUAUUCAGACCGCCCGAAAAGGGGUCCAUGCCCCUGAACUCAGCCAGUAUCUUAUUGAGGUAUCUACAACAAUUGUUUACCUUCUUAAUACUGCAUGGAGUAUCAAGGGCGACGGCAUGUGUAAGACAAUUUUAUUACUGAAGAAUUUAACCCGGGCGCUGCCGAAACUAACGGAAAAGAGCGAGCUUGCUCGAUAUGAGCACGCUAUCCGGUUUCUUAAGCUACAGGAAGAAGAGACCGAAGUAUAG